CGUUAGUGCAGAGUCCAGGAUGAAUCUGCUGUUUCGAUUCACAAAUUUUCGACAAAGAUUCCUUGGUUUCUCUUUGUCACGAAGGACAUUGGACAAUACAUGUUCUAUGUUUUUGAAAUCGUUCUGAGUCGCGGUGCAAAAAUUCGUCAUAAUGUUAGAUUUCAUAAGAGCAUAAUACUUAAAACUAAUAUGCGCUAAAUUCAACCGUCCAAAUUCACUGUCCAAUGCCACCGUCCAAUGGGACUCGAGAAAAGUAGUCACGUGCACAUUAUAUACAGCUGCCAUAAAAACCGGAUGGCAUUCCCACAAUAGCAAUGUAAAAUUGCCCACACCUGCAUCGCAUUCUUGUAAUGAGAGUCAUGACAGUAGGCCUACAGACAUUUCAUACACUCGCAUACACAGACAGCAUGGUCAUUACCAAUAUCAUUAUGCCUGCGUGCUCCUAUGCAACACGUACACGAAAAUGCCGAAGCCUAUGACUAACACACAUGUUAUACCUCCAUACACACGCAUAAACACAUUGAUAAAGUGAGCAGUGUAUUGUAUGAGCAUUCUGUGCGUUCGGCCUCGGUCUACGGGGACGGGGAGUGCAUGAAUACUUGCGUGCAAUAGUGAGUUCAUAUCAAACGAAGAAAGUGAACUAUCGUCCGGUGGUUAGCAUAUCUUCACUGCCGCUCAACGAAAGCGCCACGCCGGCGAACACAAUCCUUUAAACUACAAUUAAUUGAUUUAACGCUUGGCCAGACUGAAUGGAUACAUGUGGACUUUUCAGUGAUUAAACCCUAACAGCAUUUCAUUGACUUUCCAGAAACUUGUUGCAGGCACUCGUCACGUGUGACGGUAUUUUUGAAGAAUAGAAGAGCUUCUUAGUGGAAAACUACCGCGUCGCUUAAGUUGAUGUGGCCAGAACUAAGAGGUGCAAUAUAAAGUGCUCCUACGUCAUCGUCAAUUCAACAUCCGGCGAAUUCUCCAAUAACAGGUCCCUCCAACAAACAAGCCGCAAUUACGCGCUCUCUCCAUCCAUCUCGACCUGCAUCCAGCUUGCGCUCACACACAGAGACACACUCGUAUAACGCCACACACGCGCGCACACACACUCAGUCCAGUAAUGCUUCCAACCCUACUGGAGACGACCGCAUAAAGAAGGGUCAUCCAACGUCUGCUUCGAUAGGGAGUUGAUUAGACUGAAUUUGCCCUCCGUUUGUUUUACGCCAGUUGAGUAUUGAACGAAUCAAUAGUGGAGUUAGAGACAGCGGAUGCAUUCACCACUCGCUUGCAUCGUGAUCGUCUUCUACGGAAGCCAGUGUCCCACCCUUGAAAAAUGGCCGGGUUGGGAUUUCGCUGACUCUGAGAAACUGACAAAUUCAUCCAUUUGAAAAGGUGGAAAAUGCAUGACUGAUUGUUCUCCCUUGGGGGAAAAAAUAGUGAGAUACAUUUGUAAAAUAUUAGUAGGAACGUGUAGCAAGUGAUGGUGGAUCUUGGAUUCUCACUUAAAGGAUGUUAUCAUGAUGGAUAGGUGAACAGCUCCCACUUGGCAUUUUAGGUAGUACUUGUUGAGUGAAUAUCCGGUUUGAAUAUCCGGGAGUGAUUCUUUGAGAUCGAGGAACUACCCCCGAGAGGAAUUGUUUUGCCAAAAGGAGAUACUGAUGAAACCUGUGCUGAACGUUAUUUAUUACUGCUAUUGCCUCAAAGACAAUAUAGGUUCAUGAUUACAAAGAGAAAAUAAAAUCAUCUGGGAAAACAUUUUCAUGUGGCAAACGCGAUUCUUCACGUGUUAAGUAAAACAAACGACAAUGGUUCCUUCAAGACAAUUAAAUUAUUUCUGCUUGUAUCACGACCAGUGCUAGAUACGGAGUUAUUAUAACAGAGAAAGGGACAAAAACAAUCUGGAAGUUUCAUUCAAACCCAUCAAGCAACAGGAGGACACAGUGCAAUAUAUAAGGUGGUUGAUGAAAGAAAGAUCAGGAAGGCUUUGCCUAACGGGAUUUUGACCUGUGCUUUCUGAAUGUAACAAUGUCUCCAGGUCGUGACGGCACCCCAAGUGUUACAUCGCUGAAGGACCAGAGAUUGAGUGUCUACUGUUCGCCAAGAUUCUGCAGGAGAAGUCGGUAUCUUGAGAAGGCCUGCGUGAACUCGAUGCUGGAGAAGAAGGACGAUUUCGGGUGGCAACGAGCUUUUAAUCCGCGUUUCUCGAGCAAGGGGCCGUCCUCGUCGACUCGCAAGGACGGGAAGCGCGCCAUCUCUGUAAACGGGGCCAGUCCGCCGUUCCAGUGUCAGCGCCGGAAGUUCACCUCACAGUCCACACUAUCGCAUCUGUCGUCUUCAGACACCGAUUCGCUUGGGUGUGCUAACUUAAUGGCGAAUCUGGAUCUUAGCUCACCGAAAAUCACCACCAAUGACGCCGGCGCGGAAGAGGAUAACCCAUCGGCACCAGGCACUCCGACGCUUCUUCCAAAGCGACAAAAGCAGCGUCCCGCGUCUCUCGCUCUGCUCGACAACCACGCUUCGCAAAGUCUUGAUUCGAAUGCAAAUGGUGAGCAUCUUGGUUCGGCUUGUUGCAGUCUACACGUGCGGAAGGACCGCACCGCCGACCGUAGCCCUGCCGGAUCAGCUCGGGCAAUUCCAACCUCUUCAAAGGGUCUGAACCCACCUUCCUAUAACCCACUGAGCAAAUCGUGUUCUGAUUUGCGAGGGGGAACUAUCGACGAAUGCUGCAUGAUUCAUCGUAACUUUAGCUGCAGGUGCCCCAGUCACCUCUCGCUUCAGUCUGCGCGCGUAUCUACGCCUUCAGACUCGCAUACUGGCUCUAGAAUAAGCCUUUUAUCGGAAGGAGUUGACUCCUACGAGGGACUGUAUGAAAAGGCCUACAGAGCCACGUACGUGAUGGACAGGGACCGGCUGGUGAAUGAGUCUAAGGUUUCUCCAGAUAGACUGGUACGGGAAUGGUUAGCAAGACAAGAAGAAGUUACCCAGAAUACACCAGAACAACAGGAAGUAAAACAAUGAUUCACUUGAUAUAUUGUGUUGCAUUAAUGUCAUUGGAAACAACGAAAUGUAAUAAUGAUUAAUCUUAAUUGUACAAGAUUCCAUAUGCUAGAAUACAUUUCCCAUUAAAUAAGGGUGACAGAGUGAU